AUGGAGCCCGGCGGUGGCCGCCGCGAGAAGCUCCCGCCGCCGCCGCUGGUGCUACCGCCCGCAAAAGCCAAGGAGGGUCCCGGGUCCAGCAGCGGAGGUGGCAACGCCCGCCUGGAGAAGGCCAAGCAGCGCUCGGCUCAGCAGGAGCUGAAGCAGCGGCAGCGCGCCGAGGCGGCUGAUUCUCAAGUGUGUCCUGAAUACAGGCAGUCCUCGAUUUACGACCAUAUGCCUGCUACGCUGACCCUGGACCCGGCCACCGCUCACCAGCGCCUGAUCCUCUCCGACGACUGCACCCUCGUCUCCUACGGCAACCUGCACCCGCAGCCGCUGCAGGACUCGCCCAAGCGCUUCGACGUGGAGGUCUCGGUGCUGGGCUCAGAGGCCUUCAACGGCGGCAUCCACUACUGGGAGGUGGUGGUCUCGGAGAAGACCCAGUGGAUGAUCGGGCUGGCCCACGAGGCCGUCACCCGCAAGGGGAACAUCCAGAUCCAGCCCAGCCGCGGAUUCUACUGCAUCGUCAUGCACGACGGCAACCAGUACAGCGCCUGCACCGAGCCCUGGACGCGGCUGAACGUCAAGAGCAAGCUGGAGAAAGUUGGGGUCUUCCUGGAUUACGCCAAGGGGCUGCUCAUUUUCUACAACGCCGACGACAUGUCCUGGCUUUACACUUUCCGGGAGAAGUUCCCCGGGAAACUCUGCUCCUACUUCAGCCCCGGGCAAAGCCACGCCAACGGGAAGAACGUGCAGCCGCUCCGGAUUAACACUAUCCGCAUCUGAGGACUCCCGGUUGCGGAACGGUGAAAUCGCUCCCGAUGCGGGCAACGCGUGAGCUGCUCUGGGAUACUAUUCCGAGCUGCCAGGGACUGAACAAAGCAAGGGGAGCGGGGGACCCACUUGGUGUGAGGAUUCCCCUAGGGCAGAGCAUGGGAAGCGGCGCUGUGGACGAUGGCCCUUGGGACUCCUUCCUCGGGGAUCUACGACAUUCGCCGCUCUCCGAUGCAGUGAGGAAGGAUAUAACGUGGGAGGGUCUUUUAAGAGGCAGGGAUGUCUGGUGUUCUGGUCAGCCUUGUUUGGGCAACUUUAUUUUUAUUUUUUUUUUGGCAUGCUUUUCCCCCAAAGUUCCCCCAUCCCAUCAUUUUUGCAAAACUGGGGAGAGGGAGGGAAGGGUCAAUGCUACGGAACGUAGCUCGUUUUAAUU